AUGGACCAGGGAAUUAUGACCGGAGCGGUAUUCAUUGAUUUGAAGAAAGCUUUUGAGACUGUUGACCAUGGUUUGUUAGGCGAAAAGUUGUCUCAUUAUGGUAUACGUAACUUGGAACUGUCGUGGUUCAGUGAUUACCUUGGAAAUCUUAGCCAAGUUGUUCAGUAUCAGAAUACCUUCUAUAUGCCCUGUAAACUCUCCACGGGUGUUCCGCAGGGAUCAGUACUUGGUCCGCUUUUAUUCGUCCCAUUUAUUAAUGACCUACCAGAAUGUCUGGACCGCUGCAGUAUUUUGAUGUACGCCAAAGAUGCAGUCCUGUAUAUAACCAUGAAAUGUUUGUAAGAAAAACCAAAUUAACAAUACAUGCACAAAGUUAAAUAAAAAUGAUACAAUGACUUUCUUACUCUUUUUAAAUAUCAAGGCGCCAAGGUAUUUAAUAAACAGACUAGGUUAGCUAGCCACAUGUCUACAGUGGCACAUCAAGCAUUCUUGAUAUUUUAGUAUUACAAAAACUAUCUAUUAGUAUGUAUUAUAAUCUAGAGCAUUCUAAAUUGUGAAAUAGGAAAAAUACAACAGUGAUCCUCCAUUUUUUAAAAUUAACUUUACAAUCAUAUCAUAUAAAAAAUACACAUACAGCUGUGAUUGAAGGGUUGGACAACAGAACUAAAAUCCCACACUAUGUCAUACAUAUAGGGGAAAUCAUAUUGACCUUCGAAUCUCCGAAAUGGCAUUUCUUUAGUGUGCCAACCAUUUGCUAUCAAUAUUUCUGUCCCCGAUUACCUUUAUAUAUCUCCUGUGAUACUUGAGAAGUGGUUGUAUAUAAAAGGUGCGAAGGUCGAACAUUUUUUGCAAAAUUGAAGUGUCUAGAUCGUCGGAAAAGGUAUUUUCAGAGUCUCAUUUACCUCUUUCGUUCGGUCCUUUCCAAAUUAAAUUGGUACACCAGCUCGGUAUGGAGCACGGAAACAAUGCUGAUUCAAAAAGUGUUUGCAAUAAGGAUUACAUAACGUUUCAAAAUGUAUUAAUUUAUUUGGACACGGAAAUAAAACUACUCACAGAAAUAUGUUGAUUGCAAACACAUUUACUUAACCAAGGAAUUGUCUGAAAGAUAUUUCUGAUUGAUAUGACCAUGACGUAAUGCAUGCUGAGAAUGAAAUUUCUGUGUGUGUGUGUUUGUCUGUCACGGCUCGCUAAGUUAAAAAGUAUCCAACGUAUCGAUACGAAACUUUAAGGGAGUAAAGGCUGUUUUCUACUUCGCCCGUAUCGUAACGUAACACAUACCGUUGAGCAUGCGCAGCUUGAACAUGGAUUUUCAAAUUUACGUACUUCCGGUUGAUUCGCGUAUCAAAAUAAAAAGUUCGUCCCAAUCAACUUUUUAGCAUACCACGGAAGUAUUACUCAAUUUUGAAAUUUGAAAUUUGUUUUGAUACGUGUAGGUACAUUACGCUUGAAGUGGAAAACGGCCUUAAAGGCCAAUUUACGGAUUGAUUAACUUUUGGUUAAAAUUUGGCUCGACAUUGGAUCAGACAUUUGCAUAAGUUAAGUUAGUCUUCCUUUGCUGGGUAUAACAAACAGCUUCCGUAAUUAGCCCAUUGUACGCCAAAAUACUUCAACUUUCCAUUUUGUCAUCCUUGCUCAUCCUUGUUUUAUCUAAGGCGCUUCAAAGACAAUAAGUUUCCUUUUUAAACCCACUAAAGUAACUACGAGCGUCAGGUGACUUUGCCACAUAUCUCUGGUUAUAUUUGUUUCAGUUGGUACAACACAGCCCACUACAGAUCCUAUAGUUACUACAACACUGCCCACUACAGAUCCUGCAGUUACUACAACACUGCCCACUACAGAUCCUGCAGUUACUACAACACUGCCUACUACAGAUCCUGCAGUUACUACAACACUGCCUACUACAGAUCCUGCAGUUACUACAACACUGCCUACUACAGAUCCUGCAGUUACUACAACACUGCCCACUACAGAUCCUGCAGUUACUACAACACUGCCCACUACAGAUCCUGCAGUUACUACAACACUGCCUACUACAGAUCCUGCAGUUACUACAACACUGCCCACUACAGAUCCUGCAGUUACUACAACACUGCCUACUACAGAUCCUGCAGUUGGUACAACACUGCCCACUACAGAUCCUGCAGUUACUACAACACUGCCCACUACAGAUCCUGCAGUUGGUACAACACUGCCCACUACAAAUCCUACAGUUAGUACAACACCGUCCGUUAUAUAUACUACAGAUGGUCCAACAGCGUCCACACCAGGUACAGGUACUAUUGGUAUAUUUUUUAUUUUAAUUUUUUAUAUGUAAUCUUUAAUUAACGCGUUCCAAACUAUAUUUGUAUUUUGCAAAAUAGAAUAUUUUUCCCAGAAACUGUAUGAUUGGCCAAAUUUGCCGGCACCAAAAAAGUUUCAUUCCAAGUAGCUGAAUUAUGCAGUCAAAAAUACCGUCUCCAUAAGUUAGAAAUAUUGCAGACAUAGCGCAAUAGAUCAAGUGUUAACAGUGCUCAAAGGAGUAUGUUGUUUGCAAACACAUUUACUUAACCAAGGAAUUCUCUGAAAAAUAUUUCUGAUUGAUAUGACGAUGACGUAAUGCAUCUGAGAAUGAAAUUUUUCUCUCUGUGUGUUUGUCUGUCACCUCGAUUAGUUGAAAAGUAUCGAACGUACCGAUACGAUAAUUUAAAGGGAUAUGGCAAUAAAAAUUACCUUUGUUGUAUUUGAAAGAACUUUUAAAGUUAUAUAUGAAGACCCUUUACAACUUUUUCGUACCUUGCUUGGUUUUCGAAAGAUUUUGACCAAAAAUAAUGUGCAGUCCGCCAUCUUGGUACUAUAAUUGACCUAAUUAGCUGAAAAUUUAAGUUCGUCUUCCUUUGCUGGGUGUUGUAACCGGCUUCCAUUUAUGGGUGAUUUAUAACCUAAUUCGUUGGCAGAGGCUAUGAAUCGAAUUAUUCAAGUCCCUUCUAGCUUGCAUGAACCUUAACAUUUUUAAUUUUAAUGUAAUUUAGUUCCUGCAUGUGCCAGUGAUCCAUGCAUGAAUGGUGGAAAUUGUUCAGAGAAUGGAACAACAUUCUCUUGCCUAUGCCCAGUUGGAUAUACUGGCCAGCUCUGCGAAAUGCCAAGUAAGUAUUAUUUUCAAAAAUGUUCUAAAUGUUGUUUUUUUCUUUCCCAUUUAUAUUCCGGAAAGAACUUUGCGGAAUGGAGUUUCAUUUCAUAACUGAGAGUCCAAGAUAUUUUUAAAUUUAAAUUACGGUCGAAAAUUGGGUGAUAGUGGUUGAGAAAUUUUCAAUGCUGGAAAAAAUAGAUUUGCCCUUGAGUGUCCUAAUCAGCACGGUACCCAGUGUUUUUAGCUUGCCUGUCAGCGUUUCUCAUUGAUGAUUUUCAAUCCCAACUGAGUCCACUCCUGACAUUCCCAAUAUUUUGUUGAGCAGUGGGAGGUCAACUCACGAAUUUUAGCCAUACAGCCGCUAUUACUGAUGGAGUUGUCAAUCCACUCUCUCUGUUUGGAUAUCCGGUAAUCCGUUUCUCGAGAGUCGUACUCAGGACCCAACCUGUGAACAGGCAUACUCUGCGUACGAGAUUGGCCAAAUCAUGAAGAAACUUAAAUAAACAAUAAUUGUUGUUUCUUGAUACAUUCAAUAGCUAAGUUAAAUUACAAUGUACGCACACGGAUUAAAGUUUUAACUUAAUUUACUUUUAAGUUUUAAUUUAAUUUAACGUAAUUUAAAAAUUACAAUCCUUACAGUGGCUAGCAGUGGCGUAACUUUCCAUUCAAACUGCCGAAUAUGCUAUAUAGUUUUUAAACUCCUGUAAUUGGCUAAAAAAGCAUGUCAUGCCUGCAUGAAAUAAGUAAGCUUCUUGUGCGGAGGAUAUACAGGAAAGCAGUGGUAUUGACACCAGGGAGGCGAGAGCUCAAACAACUCUCUGUCUCCCCCCCCCCCAACAAAUUCUGAAAGCCUUUGAAUGAUAGCUGAAAAAUAUAGAGAAUAAUACAUGGGUGCGCGGAAAUACCAGAUGUAUUUCCAGUGUUGAACAUGAUAUCUCAAGAGUGAGCGCAGCGAACGAGUGAGAUAUCAUGUUCAAUACGAGAAAUAAAUCUGAUAUUUCCAAGCAUCCAUGUAUUUUUCUGUUUAUUAUUUAAAGGACAGUCUUUGAAAAGCGAUAAUUUUCACAGAAAAGCGAUUAUUGAAAAGCGAUAAUUUUCACAUGUGAAUUUAUCAUAAAUAAUCUCACAUGUGAGAUUAUCAGUUUUAUCAGUGCUCGAAAUCUCUAUAAAGCACUAUACUUUAAAUAAUAAAAAGCAGUAAAAAUAUUUUUCAACCAUUGGUCGGCAAUAAAUUAAGCUAUAAAUUGCCAGAAAUGUGAGGCUAAAGUUUAUUAAAGAACUGAAAUUUCUAGAAGCAAAAGAUGGUCAUAUUGUGGCAACCUAUAUUCAGCCUUCCCACAAAAAAUUUGUAGUGUCGGCCAUUGCAGUAAAAGCAUACAAUUUGAUUUGCGUAAAUUAUAUAAUUUUUAUGCCAACAAUAUGUUUGUGACAAUUUCACCAACACUCAACAGUAUUUAUAUUUUAUACAAAUGCGAAAGCUUUUGAGACGGAAGCAGGUAAACACCUGUGCCUAAGGUGGAAGAGUCGACUUGGGCUUAACUAUCUGGUAUACUGGCAGCAGGUCAUCCCACAUGCAUCUUACAUAUUACCUGAUUUAUUGGCGUAAAGCUGUAGCAUAUACCCUGCCAUUGAUUUAUAGUUUGUAUAUUCUUGGGUUUGUAUUUGUGCAGAUAUGAUUGUGUGAAAUUGGCAAAGCAUAAUAAACAUUAGCUAAUUAUACCGCUUGUAUAUAACAUGUAUACUUUACAUAUUCAUUGACAAACAUCGUCAAUGAAUAUGUAUGACAUCGUUCUGUGUUAACCUAAUAGUUAUAUGACAUUAGUAUAAAUUCAUUAUUGAAAAAUAGCUUCCAAGCGUUCUGAUUGACUCCCUGAGCAGUAACUCUGAGGCAAAAGUUACUGCUUUGAAUGAGCAGUAACUAUUGCUUUCAAAACAAAAUGGCUGCCGAAAUUCCACUUGUAAACAAAUCAUUGAAGAAAAAUUACUAUUCCCCUGAAAGCAAAAAAGCAACAAUAUAUGGUGUUAACCUAUUUCCGAAAGACGAAAGAACCUUUUAGAUGCUCAAAACAAUUUCUUUGGCAAUUUAAAACCGGAAAAUAACAGAAUCGGGCGAUAUGGUUCCGACAGCUAGAUUCGUGGACUCAUCCCGUUAAAUCUACAUCCCAGAUUUGCUAAACCAAUACCGAUAGUCUGACCUUUCUUCGCAGCCUCUAGUAUUGGAAUAAGGCUGGAAACGUCGGUGUGCAAAUCUUUUCCAAGAUUAUGCCAGAUACUUUUCUCCAUGAAUUAUUUCCUCUUAUAAGCCACCUUCUGUUCGUAAUUGCCGAAUGUUAUCUCGUUUGUCGCCAAAGGUCAGCACAACAGUUUUUUUCUCAUUAAAAGUAAGUCUCCAUUUUAGGCUAUAGUUAUGAACUUGUACAAGCAUGUUAUCAAGACCUGGUUUUAAUCUUGACAUUAACGUAAGAUCGUCAGCAAACAUUGGCGAUCCAACAAACAAAUUUUGAAUAACUAUACCAGUAGAUAGCUUUUCCAGCUCGCUUAUUAUGUCAUCAAUGAAGAGAAGAAAUAGCCAUGGCGAUAAUACCCCACAUUGUCGAACCCCCUGUAAGAUAUUAUACUGUGUCGAACGUUUACCAUUAUAAACAACGUAUUCCUCCGUGUCUGAGUACCAACCUUUUAUUAGCCUCCAGCACUUUCCUCUAAUAUUUACGUUGUGAUAUAAUUGAAACAACAUGACACAUUACUGUCAAUAGCCUUCUUACGAAGUGUCGACACCAUUUCUUGACAGUAUAAAAUUCAUCAAAAUGCUUAGUUCAUAUACAACCCGUAUGUAUUUACUCACAAGAAAAUGAAUAUAUUUCCAUUGAUUUAAAUGUAUCCUGGAUUUAAAUGUGCGAUGGGCCGUAGAUAUGUGGUGGUCUGUGAUUUUAACACCAAUUAAGUCACCGAGCUCAACAACCAAUUGCUUUGGUCACAGGUGUGACCGGAACGUCAUUAAUCUCGACGCAGUCUCGUCUUAGAGAUUGCUUUAUGUUAUCUAGUUGAGUUUCUUUACGAUAUAUAUUAUCCUCUGCAUCUGCAAUUUGUUCUUCUAGCUUUUUCACAGUGGUCGACGGAUCUGAAAGCUGCUUCCUAGUACUGUAGCUUGUAGAGACUUGACGAAGUCGUCAUGCUGUUUGCCCAAGAACGCUUGAGAUUUUUCUAUUUUAUUGCAAUUAUCCGAUAUCUUUAUCAUUUCGUUCUUAAGAUUAUCAAUCUCACUCCUGAAUUUCUUACGAACACUUGGUAAAAUGUUUUUUUUCAUAGAACCUUCAAUGAAUCGACAGUCAACGUUUCAGCCAUGCUAAGUACGUCAGAAGCACAUCCAUCCCUGUAUUUGUUUCAGUUUAAGUUCACCUGACAUAUAUCAUUCUCUUUGAUAGAUACUACAGAUGGUAUAACAACGUCCACACCAUUGAUUAAUACGACAGUUGGAAUAACACCACCCACAACAAUGAGUAAUGCUACAAUGAGUAUACCAACAAGUACAAGAACAGUUUGUAUGCAGACGAUCACAAGAGUGAUUAGCACUACAGUUUGUAUCCCAACGACCACAAGAAUGGUUUAUACCACAGUUAGUAUAACACCCACCACAACAGUGAAUAAUGUCACAUAUGAUAUAACAUCAACCACAACAGUGAUGAAUACUACACUUGGAAUAAUACCUACCACAACAACGACUUAUAAUUCUACAGUGAUUAUACCAACAAGCACUGCAGUUGGUAGAACACCAUCUACAAUAGCAAUGAAUACUACAGUUACCCCGACCACACCAGGUACAUGUACUACUGAUAUUUUAAUUUUAAUUUUUUAUCUUUUACACGUUCCAUUUUGCAAAAUAGAAUUUUCUUUACAACAACAGCAUCUUUUACCAAAUUUUUCAGACAGCAGAAAAGUUUCAUUCCAUGUAGUCGAAUUAUGCAAGCAAUAAUACCGCCUCCGCAAAUUAGAAAUAUUGCAGACAUAACCCGAUAG